GCUGAACACGCAUAGUCAAAAAAUUUAAAAUAAAUCCAUGAAUAAUACGAGCAUCAUCAUCUAAACCCUCAAGGGCUGGGAUACCAUCUGUCCUACUCCUGUUGGAGAUGCUCGUAGCAUGCUUCUUACUUCGAGUCAGUUUUUUUUAGAGAACUUGGAGUCAGUUAAGUUAGAGCUAAGUAUGCGUGUAUGUCAGCGAGCGAGAAUAACGCGUGCGCGACGGACCACAGGUGGGUGGACCUUAAGCGCCAAGCAAUCGCCCAUCAGCAGCAAGGAGCGAAAAGGAAGAAGAGAGGAUCGUCAGACGAUUGUUUUUCCUUUUUAAAAAGAAAUGCUUUGGGCCUAUUUUCUUAUCAAAACUAGAUUGGGGCCCUUCCGACAAACAAAGCUGUUCGGCCUGUGAGGGUAAGAUUUAAUUGGGCUUGAAGUUAGAAACAAAAAAAGAUUUAAUUGGGCCUCAUAGGCUGACUUGUAUCUGGAGGUUGGUGACGCGCACGACAGCAUCCGUUUCAUUCACUGAUGAGCGUAGGAUGGACGUGCAGGCGAGUGCCAUCCCAGACCGCCGGCACCCAAACAUGCAUACCACUCUGUCUUCUUCACCAUCUCCUCCUCCUACUUGUUCAGUCUCACGCCCGUCAUCCUCUCGUUCAUGCACAUGUCCUCCAGCUUCGGUUGGCUCCAAGCAGCUAAGAAGCUAGCGCGAGAUUGCGAACUUCAACAAGGGGCUAGCUGGCUUAGCCUUGUUGCAGUCCAAGCUCAAGGUUGCUUCUGCUUUCUGGCACUACUCGACGAUGCUCGCAUCCAAGCCCAACAGGGCAAGUCUGCCUGAACCUUCCAACCACAAGGAACCAGCUAAUUCCAGUUCCGGUUCCAACUACAGCAGGGCCCAUGCUUCAGCACCUAGAGUGAGCAGGCUAGCCAAACCUGCUGCAACUGCAGGAUCAAGCAAGCAAGCAGCAGAGGCCAGGGCGCCUUCCCCGUUACACAAUGCUGCCCGUGCUGCCGCCGCCGCUCCGCUCGACAAGUCCGUCGAUGCCGCCCAGAAGCCAUCACCGGGAGAACGCCGAUCGAACUUCAAGGCAUCGCCGCACCGUACCUCUACUACUCCCGACAGGCAGCCGAGGGUCGCCAAGGCGUCGGAGCUGCAGGCACAGCUGAACCUCGUCCAGGAGGACCUCAGGAACGCGAGGGAGCACCUGGCCAACAUCGACAGGGACAGAGCCCAGGUCCAUGGCGACCUGGUGCUCACCAAGACGCUGGCCGACGAGGCCUACCAGAAGCUCGAGGAAUCCCUGGCCGCGCAGCGGCGAGCCGAAGAGGCGCUGGAGCUCGAGAGGUUCAAGUCCGUCGAGCGGGAGCAGGCGAGCAUGGAGCUCGCCCGGAGGAAGGAGGAGGAGUGGCAGCGGAAGCACGCCGACAUCACGAAGCGACAUGCCCAAGACGUCAAUUCCCUAGCUAAGGCGACCAAGGAGCUUGAGAAUGCCAUGGGUGAACUGGCGGUGACCGCCCAGGCCAAGAACUCGGCCCUCAGCCGUGCCGACGAGGCCGAGAAGACCACGCAGGGAAUUGCAAAAAGGAUGGAGAUCCUGAUGGCUGAGGUGACCCGGCUCAAGUCUGAGAUGGAGAGCAGAGAAAAAGGAGCAGAAGAGAUCAUCGACAAGCUGCGGUCCGAAGCCACAGAGCUGCGAGCUGAGCUCCAGAGAGCAAUGGCGUUUCAGGAGAAGCUGGUCAGAGCAGAAGAAGUGGUUGAGGGGCUCAAGAUCGACAUUGCGUACGCCAAGAGGGCAGAGAUGGAUGCAGACCAGUCGGCGCAAGGGUGGAAGAACAAGGCAGCGGCGCUGAACGAUCGCCUAGUGGCGAUCACGUCACUGAACAAAUCCAAUGAGGAGGCACUGGCGUCCCUGACAAAGAGUUUCCAGGAAGCACAGUCGCAGCUCCUCCAGCUGACAGAGAAGGCUGCGGCAUCAGAGUGCGAAGCGAGCCAGUACAAGGAAGGAUUCCUCGAGACCAACAGGCGUCUCGACAUCGUGAGGAAGGAGGCAUCGGACCUGCAGGCCGCCAUUGACAGCCUGAGGUCUGAACACGAGCUACUGAAUGAGGCACAUCGGCAGGUUGUCAGCAACGAGAAGGCGGCCAGCUCGCAGAUCAGCAUCCUCGGUGGAGACAAGGUGAGGCUUCAGCAGGAGCUUGAUGAGGCCAGGGAGGAGAAGAACAAGGCCAAGAAAGGUGUCGAGGACGUAGCAGCUGCUCUACGUCAAGUGUCAGCAGAAGCAAGAGAAGCCAAGGAGAGGGUCCUGGCAAAGCAGACCGAGCUGGAUCAUGCACAGCUUCAGAUAUCCGAGCUGAAGACGACGACAAAGAAUGCAGGAGACAAGCACCAAUUGAUGCUUCAUGAAUCCAACUGCCUGAAGGAAAAGGUUGAGAUGCUGGAAUCAGAGGCCAAGAAUGCAAAAGAGAAUUACGAGUUGAUUCUUGAUGAAUCCAACCACCUCAAGAAAACAGUAGAGAGGUUGGGUUCAGAAGCCAAGAUUUUACAGGAUGAUCGGGUGUCGAAGGAGGUCAGGUUUGCGGAAAUGCUCAGGAGAUCAGAGGAGGAGGCAAGCUAUGUCAGGUCAGAAAUGAGCAAGCUCAUGGAGUCGCUUGCAGCUGCAGAGACGGAACUGCAGAAGCUCAAGGCAGAGAAAACACAGCUGGUUCAUCAACUGGAAGAAGGAUCUGAGCGUACCGCGAUGGAUGCCCCAAGCUCAAGUGCAAAACAAUCAAUGGUGGCCGAGAGCUCACACCUCAAGGAUCUGCUGUCAAUCAAGGAAAAGGAGGUGCUUGCUUUGGAUCAUCAACUCACUGAGCUGCGACUCAGAGAGGUGGCCGCUCUGGUGAAAGCCGACGAAGCCUCAAAACUGAUGGAUGCCCUAAGAUCGAGUGCUGAACGAUCAAUGGUAGCCGAGAGCUCACACCUCAAGGAUCUGCUGUCAACCAAGGAGAAGGAGGUGCUUGCUUUGGGUCAUCAAGUCACUGAGCUGCGGCUCAGAGAGGCGGACGCUCUGGCGAAAGCUGACGAAGCAUCAAAAUUGAUGGAUGCCGCAAGCUCGAGUGCAGCACAAUCAAUGGUAGCCGAGAGCUCACACCUCAAGGACCUGCUGUCAACCAAGGAGAAGGAGGUGCUUGCUUUGGGUCAUCAAGUCACUGAGCUACAGCUCAAAGAGGCGGCCGCUCUGGCGAAAGCCGACGAAGCCUCGAGAAUGAUGGAUGCCGCAAGCUCAAGUGCAGAACAAUCAAUGGUAGCCGAGAGCUCACACCUCAAGGAUCUGCUGUCAACCAAGGAGAAGGAGGUGCUUGCUUUGGGUGAUCAAGUCACUGAGCUGCGGCUCAGAGAGGCGGCUGCUCUGGCAAAAGCCGACGAAACCUCGAAAUUGCUGGCAGAGGCAACGGCGAGGAAAGCCGGCGAGGAAGAGGAAGAUAGGAGUGCCGACAAGUCCAACGCACUGCUCGUCAAGCUGGAGAUGGACACCAUGCUCCAAUCACAGAGAGCCGCGGAGAACGAGGCGAAGGAUGCCAAGGAUAACAUGGCGCAGCUGCAGAGCAAGCUGAGGCUGGUGGAGUCCAAGAUCACUGAGGCCAACCUGACGGCGGAGGAAGAGAAGAUCAGCAGCCUGAGGUUGAAGGAAACGCUGACCGAGAAGGAGGAGGAGCUCCAGAGCAUCGUACGAGAGAACGAUAGCCUGCGGACAAGGGAGGCGGCUGCACGAGCCAAGGCCGACGAGCUGGCUGCAAUGCUCGCAGAGGCCACCGCCAUGAAAGGAGGAGAUCAGUCAGCUGGUCGGAGCCCGGAGAAGCAGCCAAAUGUGUUCCGGAAGAUGAUGUGCUCACCGAUGGACAAUGUCGCGCGAGGCGAUCAUGAAGCUCGCAGGAACAGCGACAGGAUCGUCCAAGUGCUCGAGGAGAUCAAGCAUGUCGAAGUGGAGACAGUCAGGCAGGUGAAACAUGAAAGAGAGGUGUCAGUGGAGGCUAACUCCAUGGAGAACAGCAAGAUCAUAGAAGAUGACCUGUGCAAAGGGAUGAUGAGCAAUGGCGUAGACACCGAGUCGAGCGACGACGAUGACAUCGAUUCGCAAGGAGAAGACGGAGCUGCAGACCAAAUGGGUGGCCUUCUGACGCAUGGACCGAGAUCAUCUUUCAAGCAGGAGCAUCACAGCCAUAAGAAGAAGAAGGCAUUGCUGAGGAAAUUCGGGAGCAUGCUGAAGAAGAAAGCUCACUUCACCAAGUUGAACAAACACUCCUAGGCUCCUAGCCUUGGAAAAAAAAAACUCAAACUGUUAUUACUUCUUAAAAAAAGUCAUUAUUUUCCUACUGAAUUUUUGAACAGUUUUCAACUAUUGUGGUUGUAGCAAGUGGAGGUGUGAACCAUAAAAGGAUACAUGACGCGAGUAGCUGUGCCCACCAUCUAGAGAAAGAAAGAGAAAUGCCACUUGCAUUGUAUUUGUA